AUGUGGGCGACAAUGCGGCGCCGGUCAGCCUGGCUGGGGUCGCUGCACUGCACCAAGGCGCGGAGAAGGGAGCCGAGGGGCGGAGCGGCGCGUGCGCACAAGGGCGCCGCGGGAAGUUGGAAAGCGGCAGGCGGCGCGGCCAGGCGGCUGCCGCAAGGGGACAGCCGGGGCAUGGGCCCGGCUGUAGGUCUGGCUCGGCGGCUGCGGACGGCGCUGCAGGAGGAGGAGUUGCGGACUGUGGAGGAGUUGCUGCGCCGUGGUGCCGACCCCAAUCUGGUACUCGAGGAUGGCGCGGCGGCCAUGCACCUGGCGGCCAGAGCCCAGCACCUGCGGAGUCUGUGUUGCCUCGAGGCCCUGCUGCGCCGAGGCGGGGACCCCAACGCGCGAUCGGCCGAGGCACUGACACCGCUGCAUGUGGCCGCUGCUUGGGGCUGCCGCCGGGGCCUGGAGCUGCUGCUGAGCCAGGGAGCGGACCCCGCUCUCCGCGACCAGGACGGAUUCCUGCCUCUGGACCUGGCGGAGCAGCAGGGACACCAGAACUGUGCCCGCGUGCUUCGGGAGCUGGAGACUCGGACCAGGAUCCCAGCCCGGACUUGGAAAGGCUCCCAGAAGCCAGAACCCGAACCAGAGGCUGGAGGCCCAGGCCCUUGUGAAAAGGGGCUGGAUACCAGCCCCUCCAGUCCUCCUAAUGUGAUGCUGAACUCUACAACACUGGGCACAGGUGACAGCAAGGACGUGAGCCUGGAGGCUGGCCCUGGACCCCCCGGCCUGCUCACCCACCCUGAGACUGCUGACACAGAUGGUGGAUUGGAGUCCCCCUUGGGGCGCUGGGACUGCAGCUCGGUGACCUCCUUUGUCACCGCUGUUGAGGCCUCAGGAGCUGAGGACCUAACCGGCCACACCUCCCCCUGGGCUGGUGUCCGACUCUCCCAGAGGGUGCCAAGAUCUUUGGGUACCCUACAGCUGGCACAUCAACCCCUCCUGGAGGACAGGGAGGCAGAACUAAAUGCCCAUCUGCAGGCCCUGACUCUGACCUUGCCGGAUGAUUCCCCCUCCCCCAAGUUCUUCCCAGACAGGAGCCCAACCCAUAGUCCCCCUUGGGAACCACUGCCUGGACCUUCUGACACCCACAUCCCAAGAGAGGACCAGCUAUCCCCCGACAGUGACUUGGCUGCCCUGUGGCUGGCAGAGGAUGACGCAAGCGCCACAGUGGGCAGGGACCCCAGCCCCUCUGAUCAGUGUCCACCAGACCCUCCCAUGUCUGACCUGGAGCUGCUGCAAGGGCUCCGGGCGCUUGGCAAGAGCCCGGGUCCCAUCACGUCCUUCACCCGACCGCACUACCUCCGACGGCUGAAAGAAGCCCAGGCUGCUCCUAGCCCAGACUUUUCAGGGCACAGCCCAGAGCUGGUCGAAGCCCUGCGGACAGGCUGUAUCCCAGAUGCCCAAGCCGAUGAAGAUGCACUUGCCCAGCAGUUCGAACGGCCGGACCCCACCAGACGGUGGCGGGAGGGGGUUGUGAAGUCCAGCUUCACAUAUCUGCUGCUGGACCCCAGGAAGACUCAGGACCUGCCAGCCCGAGCCUUCUCGCUGACACUGGCUGAAUGCCUUCGGAUUUUUGUCCAGGCCGUCUUCUACGUGGGCAAGGGAACACGGGCCCGGCCAGACGUUCAUCUCUGGGAGGCCCUUAACCACCGAAGACGGCCAGGAAAACAGGCCUGUCCCAAGGUACGCCGGAUCUUGGACAUUUGGGCCACUGGUCGUGGCGUUGUUUCCCUGCAUUGCUUCCAGCAUGUGGUCCCUGCAGAGGCUUACACUCGAGAAGCAUGUCUUGUGGAUGCUCUAGGAAUCCAGAUGCUGACUAACCGGAAGCAAGGACACUGCUACGGAGUGGUGGCGGACUGGCCCCCCACCCGGCGCCGCCGCUUGGGGGUACAUCUGUUGUACCGUGCCCUCCUUGUCUUCGUGGCUGAGGGUGAACGAGAGCUACGGCCCCAGGACAUCUAG